AUGACUGACGUUCCUCUUCCUGAACGCCUUCCAAAGCCAGAAGAACCGAAAGCUGCAGAACCACAACAGUCUCCUCAGCAACCUCAGUUCCAGCAAGUCCCUCCACCAAAUUACUACCAAUUUCCACCUCAAGGUUACUACCUACCACAAGGCUUCCCGAACUACCCUCCUCCUCAGCCUAUGCCUUACUUCCCCAACCCUUGGAUGUUCCAGCAAGCUCCACCCCAGCAAUUCCAAUCUCAAUCCCAAUCGAAGAGAGCCCAAGAGUUCGAAGAAGGUCUGAACCGUUUACGCAAAGAUUAUGCCACAGUCCCGAUGGAAGACGACAGGCUUUCAGUCUCUUCCCUCAAAUCGACCGAUUCGACUCGUACCACAGAUUCGGUUCGUGACCGUGAAGACUACCUCAAGCAGUCUGAGAGACUCUUCAUCCUAUAA